CUCCUUCUCUCUGUGCCCCCUCCCCCAAGUUGGUGCAAGGAAAUUGUUCUGCAAACAAGCCAACAACGGAGCACUUUGCAACAUGGUGCUGGUGGGAGCAGUACGUGUUGUCCCCAGUGGGAAAGUCUACAGGCAGAUCUUCGACGAUGAGGUGAACUUAGUACGCUCUCUGGAGGAAGUGAGAAACAAGGCAGAGCAACAUAAGUUUCCUAUGAACAGUGGAAGGAUUCCUGUGGUUAGGGACUUGGAAAUGUGUGCUGGGAAAGGACUGUUAUCUCAUCGCCAGCAGAAAUGGGUUGAGGGAAUGCCCAAUGAUGACUUCACUGAAAAUCCAGUGUUGUACAGGGAAAUUACAUUUCGAAAAGCUCAAGAAAGUGAAGAUGUGAUUGCAGCCCGGGAAGUCAGAGGCCUCAGUGAUUUCAUUAUUCCUGAGAAGACAAACAGCAAUAUCAUUGAACGCCUCUCAGAGCGCAGACGAGGCCGUCAUAAUGAAGCAGUGGCUGUGUUACAGCAGGAGUUAGCCUGCAUUGGGAGGGAAAUGGAACCAUUCAUUUUGGAGUCUGGAAAGUUGCUUUUGACAAAACUGUCAGAAUCUGAUAGAGCUAUUGAACUUCUGUUCAAAAAGAUUGAAAGUGACACUGAUCUGGAAGCCUUUUCAAUCACAAGUUUUGGGGAGUUAUGGGAUGCCAUCUCCCAGGAGUCUUUGUAUAGAAGGCAGUGGAUUAAAGAGAUGGAUGAAACCUUAAUAAAGCUUGAAGUGGCUCGAGCUGAGAAAAUAAAAGAUUUACUGAGGAAAUAUACCAAGAUUCUGGAGGAUAUUUCUUAUCUCUCACUCUCUGAUGUGCACAGGUUCAUACAUACUGAAGCCAUGAUGAUAAACCAAGCCCUCCUAGCCAAUCAGAGGGCAAUAGCCAAGUUGUUUGUUAAUCUGAUGGAGGCAGACCUGAAGAGGGAGCUGUCUCAAUGGCUCAAGUGGCAAGAGAGGCUGAAGGACUGGAAAAUCAUACAGAAGGACUAUGUGGUUCGCAGUUUCAGAGAAUUUAUGGCAAGGAAGGAGGUAAAGGAACCCACAGCUGUAAAAAGAGACUUGGAGAACAUGAUAAAGGACCAGAUUUCACUUAGUAGAAAGAGAAUGGAGCUUCUGCAAGUACUUUGUGAUUUGUUGCCUCCGACACAUUCAAAAGCUGAGAUAAAUGAAUGGUACGAAUCUCUUGUGGCUUUAAACAAGUAUAUAGACACCCAUAAUGUGCAGCAUAUGAUGAUAAUUCGCAUCCAAUAUGAGAGAGUUUGCCAGGAAUGUUUGGACACUGUACAGCUAUGCAAGAAUAAACUGUUGAGUUUAAAAGUUUGCACAGAGAAAGAGGCUGAAACAGUUGUGAAUCCUGACUUCUUCAAGAUGGUUGGAAGGCUGCAGAGUCAGUUUGAACAGGAGCUGGAACAGAUGGAUAGAGACUUUGAGGAUCUGGCUAAACAUAUUGAACAGGAUUGCAAAGACUUGUACAAAUAUUUCCAGCAAGCUAUUGUCCUCUGGGAUGAACAUCAGCUAAAACUGUCCCAGCAAGAAAAUGAACUUCAAGUGAAACUGAAUGAGUGCCGGCGGAAGCAUGAAAACCUAAACCAGAUAAGGGAAGCUAAUCUGGAUAUAAUUUUGGACAAACUGAGGACACAAAGCUCUGAGGGAAAGCUGAAGAAUCUUUUAGGAAAGGCCUUUGCUUCUCUGGAUGUCAUUAGAGCUGGGUAUGAGGCCUUUCACCAAGACAUAGUGAAGAUAGUAGCGUCCUACCCAGAAGCUAUACUGAAGGAACUGAUUUCUUAUAGUUCAUCCAUUGGCCAGUAUUUUAGCGUGAAGGAAGUCUAUAAACAGGUGGGCUCUGCAUUUGAAGAGCAAGACUCAGAAGUUGAAAAUAUGGCAGAGAUGACAGGGGAUAGCCUUCUACAAGAAACUGAAGAAACCGAGCAUCAGGCUGAGAGCUUUCCACAAGGAAGUACAGAAUCAGAGCAGCAGGUUGAGAGCCUCACAAACAAAACUGAAGAAACAAAUACAGUUGAGAAUGAGGAGAGCAUUGUACAAGAAACUGAGGAAGCAGAGAAACCAGGGGAUGGGGAGAGCACAGCUCAGGAAAGUGAAGAAACUGAACACUUAGAGGACAGUGCAGAAAGUGAAGCAAAUAGGUUUGAGGAUGGAGACAGUCCUGCACAAGAGUAUGAAGAAAUGGAUUAUUUGAAAGAUAUUCUUCCUGAGUCUGAGAUCAGAGAAACCCAUGGCAAGAUGAUUGAACUGAGAUGCUGUAAAGAGAAUAACAAGUUGGGCAGGCUAACAUUCUUUAUGUUUGAUCGAAACAGUAGUGUCACUGUUGUGCGACUGGUGAGAAACCUUAUCUCAGUGGAGUCAGACUCCUCAGAGCUUAUUUGUUUUUUACCGAGAUCUUUGAAGAGUUUUUUUCAAAAUAAAAUCCUUUGUCUCUCACAUGCAUGCGCUCUCUCUCCCAAAGCAAUAUGUUCGUUUUUCAGUCAUUGGAUCCGCCUCUGCUUUUUUGAGCACCUCGAGAAGUGGUUUGCUCAAUCCUUGUCCAACUCCUGGAUCAUUGUAACUGCCAAGAAAGAGGAGCUGAAUUCGGAGCUGCAACUGCGUCUUCACAUGCAUCAGCCCAGGCGCGAGCGCAUAGAAAAGGAUAUCCACAAUGUCAGGGCUGCGGAGCUGCUUCUUCACCAAGAGCGUCUGGAGUGUCACUGUGCAGGGGUGGUGGAAGCUCUGAACAAGGAGAAAAAUGAGUUUAUGAAACUCCGGGAGGACCAAAAUGACAUCAGCAAGAACUUCCGCAGAAGGAUCCAGGACAUGGAGGCCAUCUUCCUCAGUUCCACUAAGGCUGAAAAGUUGGUUGCUCUAAGCAACUCUCUGCACUCAGAGCUGCUUAAUCAUGUAGAAGUUAUCCAGAUAUCCCUGCGGAGUUACCGGAACUAUUUAGAAGAAGCCUUGGGGAAACUACGAGAUUCAAACGUGGACUUUCUUAAAGCUUGCAGAUUAUUUUCAGAGGGAGGUAACUUUUCUCCAGAAGAGGUGGAGUUCUUUUGUAAGCGUCUGGAGAAAGAAACAGGACGCAUUGACUUCAUUGAAGGCUUAAUCAUGAUUGAUAUGGAGAAAAUGGAGUCAAACUACUUAGAGCAAGCUACUGAGGUUAUCAACAAGUUUGAAACAAAAUUCCAUAAUCUUGCAAUGGAUCGUCUCUUCAUGGAGAAAAUCCAGCGGUUUCUAACAAAUCUACAAGUGAAAAUCAAAUCAGAGGUGGCAAACUCCAAUUUACAGGCACAGACAUUAAACUCCUCUUUGGAGAAAUUCCUUAAGAAAAUAGAUGCUUGUGCUCAUCCUACUGUGGAUAAAGAAGCUGUGACUUCGGAAGAACUGUAUGACUUUGCCAAAACUGUGAUGAAAGAACUGAAAAAAAGGAGCAAGUAUCUCAAUUGCCUGCUGGACCCCAUCCCAGCUCAGACAGAGUUUGCAUUACGAGGUUCCAUUGCAGCUGCAGUCCGAUCAGAGAGUCUCAAAGAGGAGAGUAGGAUGGUUAUGGGGAUAAACAAUGUUCCACUGUUGAAUCCAAGCAGAAUUGGAAAGUCAGUAAUUGAUGAUGUAGCAGUAAGCGUCAUCAAAAAUUUACUUCAAAUUCAGCAACCCAAGAAAUCUCCAGAACUGCGGCAUGAGAGAGAUGAUCGCUCACAGUCAGUAGCAGGAGCGAUUUAUCAACCCGUUUAUCAACCCAUUUAUCAACCCAUUUAUCAGCCGAUUUAUCAAGCAACUUAUCAGGCUCCCACAGCACAGAGAGGUUCUGUUUCAAUUCUGCAUGCUGAAAGUCCCCAGAACUCUGUUCCUUAUGGCAAUUUAUCUGUAGGACCCAAGAUGUCUACCUCUGUAAACAAAAAGUUCUCAGUGGGAAGCAUACAAAAAUACUCGAGAUCAGGUCGAAUUGACAAGAAGUUCCACAUCUUUGGAGAGAAGCCUAAAGAAUCUGAUCAUUUUAAGGGGAUUAUCACCUCUAUUCUCUGGGAGGGUAAUGAUACCUUGCUGUAUCUUGCUGAGGAGUUUUACCGAAAGGAUAAGCAUCAAAUCACGAGGCCUGAAUAUCUGCAAGAGACAUUUGACCAUUGUGCAGAAUUGUUUGGGCAGAAGCUCCUGUCUUAUCAGAGCCAGACGGAUGAUUACCAUAAUUCCUGCCUAAUAGAGUUCUGGGAUCAGUUGAAGUUGUUUGAAGAACAACUCCCUCAUGUCUCCCAUCUGGUUAUCGACAGCCUUCUUAAAGAGCAUGAGCAGCAGCUCAGACACUCCACUGAUCAGAUCCGGCAACUCUUCAGAGAACAGCUGGAAGAAUGGGACAAUGCAAAGGCUGAGAACAAGAACAAACUGCGUCCAGCUCUGGGGCACCCAGACAACUUACCCCAGCUGGAGGUUUUGUGCCAGGAGGAGUUAAAAAGACAAAAAGACCAAGCUGAUGGGAUACUCUUUAACACUCAGAAACUGCAGGCCUGUGCUGCUGAGUGUGCCCAGAAAUUUGUUUCUGCGCUAGCUAGCCUCACAGAAAACCUGCUUCUGGAGUUAGAUGAAAGUAUCACCGUUGAUGAUGUACAAGUAGCAAAAAUUGAAAUGCCGAAAGAGAAGAUCUCCACCUUAAUCCGUCGUAAACGAGCUGGGCUUUCUUUAGAGAUCCAUGACAUUAAGCCGUUAACUGAACGUGGCAGCAGGACCUGGCCAGGAAUACCCAAGACCACGCUCACAGACGUUCCAGACCAUAUUCUCUGCAGAGAAACUGCCUCUGUGACAACAGCCAAAACUACUCUGGGUCAUGUUUCAGCAGAAGAAGCAAGAGAUGCAGCCUAUGUGAAAUAUAAGCAUAAGCUGGAAGAGGAGUUUGCGAAGAUUAAGGAGGAAAAGACAGCCCAGUUAAUGAAGGCUCAACGCUGGGAGGGUUGGUGGAAACAAUCCGUUCAGAAGAUAAAGCAGCUGUAUGCUUGAACCUCGUGUUACAUAUACAUCUGUGUUAAUAAUAUAUCAGUGACUUUGUUCUACAAAUAAAACUUUAUACUUUACUUUAUUAGAGGAAAAA